AUGUUUCAGGUUAUUACAAGGCAAGCGAGUGUGCAUAUGUGUAAUGCAACGGUUGAUUUCCUUCAAGAGGAGAAACCUUUUUUCCCACCGACUGUUAACCACAAAGGCUUGCACCAGUUUUUCAAGAACGUUUCAGGUGAUAUGUUAGGGCCUAAGAACUACUUUGAGAUGCAACCAUUGAUGGGAUCAGAGGACUUCUCUUUCUACCAAGAAUCAAUGCCUGGACAUUUUAGCUUUGUGGGAAUGCAAAACAAAGCUCAUCCACCAAUGGCGAGCCCUCACUCGCCUUAUUUUGAGGUCAAUGAAGAAGUACUACCUUAUGGUGCUUCUCUCCAUGCCUCCAUGGCUACAAGAUAUCUUCUUGACUUGAAAACUUCAUCGCCGAGUAGCUCUAAAGAUGAACUUUGA